AGUUUAUUGACAUUUCUCAACCUAGUAAUCUUUUCAUUAAAUAUCAUAUACAUAUUAGAAUGUACAUAAAUUAAACACAUUUUAAAAAUACAAAAAAAAAAUAUAUAUAUUUUAACCGAAAUAUGAGCCGGAAAUUGAACACGCUGGUUGGAAGGACUCCCGUAGUCCGAAAUUUCAUCCGGAGCAUCGGGAUGCAUACGAAGUUCUACGCCGACGUCAGCUCCAGCUGCCAUCCGGAGCAGCGCCGAACCUUGCCGUCAGUGUACCUGAACAAGAUCGAGAUGAUGCCCAUUCUGGAGACGGAGCUGCAUCCCAGCGAGUGGAAGACCCGUCGCCCCAAAAUGGCCACCACGAUUCAGAGGCGCGGGAAAAAGGAUCACUUCGAUGAGCUGUACAAGAAGGAGCAACGUUGCUAUUCGGACAGCUAUCGCUGGUCGGAGUUUCGGCGGAAGUUCAUCUACGGCAGUUACGUUUAGACCCGAGUACGAUGAGGGUAUUUUGAUCUUAAAUAUGUAUUUUCGAGGCAUAGCACUAUGCACUGAAAAUGCAAAUUUCAGAUUAAAAUAGACGAGGCGAGGGUGCAUAAUAAAAUUGAUAGUCAGGUCAACUUUGAAGAGUA